AUGUCUGAACAACCACUUCUUCAAAGCGCCCCGGGCAAACGUAUUGCCCUCCCCACUCGCGUUGAGCCCAAGGUUUUCUUCGCUAAUGAACGUACCUUCCUCUCCUGGCUCAAUUUCACUGUCAUUCUUGGUGGACUUGCCGUCGGCCUUCUAAAUUUCGGUGACUCGGUCGGCCGCAUAUCCGCUGGACUCUUUACCUUGGUGGCUAUGGCAGCCAUGAUAUAUGCACUCAUCACGUUCCACUGGCGAGCGAAAGCUAUCCGAAUCAGGGGCCAGGGCGGGUUCGAUGACCGGAUUGGACCUACAGUGUUGGCUCUCGCCCUUCUCGCAGUGGUGAUUGUCAACUUUGUGCUUAGGGUGGUCAAGUCGUAG